UUGUGGUGGCCGGCGCAUGUUGUUACUGUCAUAACCCAUCGCGUGUCAGUCCGAUAAGGGACAUCGACGCGUGUGCGUCGUUGACGUGGCUGGCAGUCCGAGAUCGCUUUUAUAACGUUUCGCAUAGGGCACAAAAACUGUCAAUAAUAUUUAAAAAUAUACCAAAAGGAAUUUUCGUUUCAAAGUCGGUCGAUGAAAAACUCGCGCGAGCUACGCAUCGUUGCGCUCACUACGCUUGCGUGAAACGCCCCCUUGAGUCGCGCGAAUGCACGCUUACUCGGGGGCGGCAAAAACAAAAACAAAACUGAAUUUUUCGAACUUGUGAACAUUUUUGAACUCAUAGAAGUGAAAACACCUAUUUGAAAACUUUUCUCAUUGACGAUGAAAUUUCUUUUUUUGUUCGUCUGCGCAAUCGCCGCUUUACACGCUCACUAUAACGGUCAUGCUGCGCAACUGCGUCGUGUCUGGAUGCAGGAUCACUGCCACCAAGGCAUCUGUACUGGCAUCGAGAUCGGACGCAAUGACUAUGUCAUUCUGUCGCAGAUGCCCAUCGCCAAACAGCUUUUGCUUACCUUCCUAAAUUCUAGCAUUGCCAAGAUACCGCAUCUGAUGUUCGACACUUUUCCCGAUCUACAAGUAUUGCGCAUGGAAAACUGUUCAGUAGAAACCUUUGAAAAACCACAAUUCGAGGGCGCUAGCAAUCUGAUGAGUCUCUUCCUUGGCCACAACCUACUGCGCGACAUACCGAAGAACAUCUUUCUCGGUGCCGACAACCUGCACACGCUCCACUUGAACCACAAUCAACUGUUUAACCUGCACAAUGCCAGCUUUCAUGCCUUGAAAGAGUUGCGCGAGCUGUCACUCGCCGACAAUCGGCUGGAGCAGCUGCCGCUUGGCGUGUUCGCGCCACUACGCAAACUCCUCGACCUCAAUCUGGGUGGCAAUCGCCUAGCGGCCUUUCCGCGCGGCAUAUUUGAUCGCAAUUUCAACCUGACACGCAUAAAUUUGUCACGCAAUCGCUUCGUGGUUUUCGAGUCGGAGCUGUUUAAGCUGCAGCCACGCAUCAAACAGCUGGAUCUUUCCGGCAACGAGCUGCAGGACCUAACACUCAACUUUGCCGUGCUGGAGAGCGUGCUUGCGAACAAUUGCGACAUGCGUAAGCUCACCAUCUACGGCUAUGUCUACGAACUGGAGUUGCGUAACAAUUCACUGCGUGAGCUGCCGCACAUACCGCACGCAGCCAAUGUGAGCAGUCUGGAUCUGGCGCUCAACCCGCUCGGUACGCUGCAAGGCAAUCCGUUGCGUCGCUUCACCGGUUUGCAGCGGCUCAACUUGAGCGCAACUGGCAUGCACGAGUUGCAUGAGGACGUAUUCAAGAAGCAAACGCAACUCAAACUGCUGGACAUCUCGUCGAAUUCACUUUAUAAUUUAAAAUUCCCGCUCUUCAGUAGCCUGAAAUCGCUGCAGUAUUUCUACUUCCAGCAAAAUAAUUGGAACUGCGAUUUCUUGCAGCUGCUGAUGAAUUCAUUUGUGAAGAAGCGCGACAUCUCCUUCAUGGAGGACGCAACGGAACCCGAACUGGUCGACGAUUAUGUAGAUGGAAUAGCCUGUUGGUAUGAGAGCAACAAGGCGACGAAGAAGUGCUCUGGCGAUGGACUCUCCGAGGCCGCCUUGGAGUUGGCCAUUGUGCGCAACGACAUCAAGUCUUUCAUGGAGGUGGUCGAGAAGAAAUUCGUCAAGGUCUACCGCAUGCUGGACGAGUUGAAGAUGCGCUUGUAGCGCCGACGCGUGCAACGAGAGUGCCUGCAGGAAAUCACCCGACAAUUGACAAUUUGGCUUGAACUAAUAUUAUGCUUACUGGCUUCCGUCAUCAUUUUAAUCGCAUUUUUAAUUAUUUAAUCGCAUUUAAUGGAAUAAUCUACAUAUGAGUUAAUUACAAUUGUUUUCGUGCAUGCUGAUUAAAAUAACCGCAUAAAAUACUCAAACUUUGACAACAUAUAUUUUAAUCGCAUUUAACCGCAUUUAAUCGCAAUUACCCCGCAUUAAAAAACUGACAACAUUUUAAUAAUUUACUGAAUAAGUGACAGAAGAUUAUGCAAUAAGUUUAUGUGUCAAUCAAAAACAGUACAAUGAUCGAUGCAAUAAAAGGUCUAGGUUAAAAA